GACAAACCAUGACGGAAGCACUCACAACGGCGCUCAAUGGCUUAAGCUUGGAGGAUUUACACCCACUACACCAGACAAUCUUGCAGGGACAAGCUACGAUAAAUAUUGGUACUAUUGGACACGUAGCCCACGGUAAAUCAACAGUUGUGAAGGCAAUCUCAGGCGUACACACAGUUAGAUUUAAAAACGAAUUAGAGAGGAAUAUUACUAUUAAGUUAGGUUACGCUAACGCUAAAAUCUACAAAUGCGAUCAACCAACCUGCCCUAGACCUGGUUGCUAUAGAUCCUACCCUUCAAAUAAGGAGCCAAACCCAUUGUGUGAGCAGCCAGGCUGUGAAGGCUCAAUGCACCUCAUUAGACACGUUUCAUUCGUUGAUUGUCCUGGACACGACAUUUUAAUGGCUACCAUGUUGAACGGUGCAGCUGUCAUGGAUGCCGCAUUGCUUCUCGUUGCUGCAAAUGAAAGCUGUCCACAACCGCAAACAAGUGAACAUUUAGCUGCGGUUGAAAUUAUGAAACUUAAAGAUAUCAUCAUUUUACAAAACAAGGUUGACCUUAUCCGUGAACAACAAGCUGAAGAUCAUUGGAAGUCGAUCGUCGAAUUCGUUCAUGGUACUUCAGCUGCAUCAGCUCCUAUCGUCCCUAUAUCAGCUCAAUUAAAGUACAACAUUGACGCCGUAUGCGAAUACCUCGUCAAGAGAGUUCCAGUUCCAUCUAGGAAUUUCACUGAUCCACCAAAACUCAUCGUUAUUAGAUCAUUUGACGUUAACAAACCUGGUUCAGACGUUGAUGAGCUUAAGGGUGGUGUCGCAGGUGGUUCUAUCCUUCAAGGUGUUCUCUACAUUGGUCAAGAAAUCGAAGUUAGACCUGGUAUCGUCACCAAGGACAACGACGGAAACAUUAAAUGUAAACCAAUUAAAUCAAAAAUUGUCAGUUUGUUAGCUGAACAAAACAAGUUAAACUUCGCCGUUCCAGGUGGUUUAAUCGGUGUUGGUACAAAGAUUGACCCAACUCUCUGUAGAGCUGAUAGAUUAGUCGGUCAAGUUCUUGGUGCACCAAAUGCCCUUCCUGCAAUCUACACUGAACUUGAAAUUAACUACUUCUUGUUGAGAAGAUUAUUGGGUGUAAAAUCGGAUGACAAAAAACAAACUAAGGUUGCUAAAUUAGCAAAGAAUGAAGUUCUAAUGGUUAAUAUUGGUUCUACUUCAACAGGUGGUCGUGUUAUGUCUGUUAAAGCUGAUCUUGCAAAGAUUUACCUCACAAGUCCAGCAUGUACUGAAGUUGGUGAAAAGGUUGCAUUGUCACGUCGUAUCGAAAGACACUGGCGUCUUGUCGGUUGGGGUACUGUCGUCGCUGGUCAGAUUCUUGACGUCGAAAGUGAAUAAAUGUUUUAAUAUACUUUUACAUACUCUCCUACUUUUAUUUUUGCAUACACUUAUUUGCAUUCAAUAUAAUACAAGAAUAAGAAACUAAAACCAAGAUAAACGUAAAGCUAAAAACGUUAACAUUUCCAAUAAGAACGUUAAAAUUGACUAAUAAGAACGUUAGAACUGACUCAUAGACCAUAUGGACCUGGCCAACUUAAUGUGUGGGCAUUGACUAAUUGAUAUGAGUUGUUAGAAGAGAAUGAAGGUGAAGGCGUUGGUAAAUCUGGUCUGGAUCUCUUAUUGGAGGUUUCCUUAGCGGAUUUCAUUUCAUCGUAUUUAGUGAUUGUAAACCAUUUAGCGCUUCCUUUACCACGAUUCAUGUUUAGGCGUGGUGUAGAUGGUCUACGUUUGUUAUCAUCAGAUGGCCCUAGCAACGCUGCAAUACUCAAUGGGUUUGCAGGGUGACUAAGUUGUGGUUCAGGAAGUGGCUCAUGUACCUUAUAACGUGGCUGUGAAACUUUACCAUUAGAUUGUACGAGCUCGGCAACACCCAACCAUAUAUUGAAAUCAUCAAGGAAUUGCAUCAUUGAUCUCUCAAAUUGAGCUUUAUUAUAUUUGUUUUCAAGGUAAUCAAAAUGUUGAGACAGGUCCUUGCAAUCUGCUUCAAUCGUCAGGAAAUCCGAUAAUCUAUCUGACAUUAUCUUAUCAAACUGCAUCCUAUCAUCAUCUUGACUGUUCGUAAAUAAAGCUUCCAAAGAAUCUGAGAAUGAAGGUAAAGAAUCUGGAUCGAUUGAAUUCCUGUCAUUAUUUCUAUAUGUUGGUUUUCCAAGUGACAUUAUUAUUUCAACUGGUUUUGUGCCUUUCCAGAAUGACUUUUUAUAUCCUUGUAUAGUCGAGAAAGUGAGUAAAUCUGCCAAUAAUAAGUACCAAUCUUUACUAGGUUUUGAAUGUUCCUUGAAUUGUGAAGAUGACUUAUGCGGUAGACUUUCUUUUCUUUCAAAAGAUCUGUGGAACGUAAAGUCAGAUUCCAACUGAUCAACAAAGUGGUUGAAUCUAUCAAAAGAUAUUUCUGAUGAUUGCAUCAUUUUGAUGAGGUGAUCUUUGCGACUUUUGUAAUUGAUUGGUAUGUCACUGAGUAAAUGAUUUGAUAACCUCACGAAUAAAGGCAGAAUGUCUAUGAGAUUAUUAUAAGGGUUAACGAUGUUGUUGUUUGGCUGUUGAUCUACGUAAUCUACACCAUGGCAACCUUUAUAAUAUAAGGUUUUGACGUAACCAAACGCUCUCCUUAUUUGAGGCAUCGAUUUGUAGUUGUGAGAAGGCUGUUGAUUGAGACCACCGAAUGCCCAAGCAGCUUCUGGACCAGCACCUCUAGGGAUUGAGCUGAAAAUAGAACCCUUAGGUGGUAAAAGAGUUGGUUCAAAUGAAGGGGAGUGGGGGUAGAGUUUAAAGAGGAAAUCUAAAUUGCUGUUUGUAGUAGGGACAUUGUUUAGUGUGUUCAAUAUUUGUAGAAGGAUAAUUCUGUAUCUAAGUGUAUCAUCCAAUAUAGAGUUGUCUAACAAAUGCAAAAGACUGUUGUUUAGUUGCUGUACACUAUCUGAUUUCUUAUCUAUGAGCUUGUUUGUGUUUAUCCAUAGAAGGUACUCGAUGAUGAGUGAUUUCGAGGACUUGUUGAUAGAAGGGAUGCUCUCGAGGUUGGAUAUGAGCUGGCUAUUAGGUAGAGCCCCCCUUGGUUGCUCGUUAUAGUGGUUCUUAAUUAUAAUUGACAUUAAAUCGUU